AAUUGAAAUCAGUUAAAGCCGUCUCCGCUGGUGCUCGGAAGUCGCGUUUACAAUUUGUCAUCUUAUUUCUGUUUUGUUACAUCUAUUCGGAGUUUUUAAGAUAUAUUGUCUUUACCGAGGCAAGCAUACUACUGAAAAGACUGACUCUGCGGUAGCGUGGUUCGAGAGGAACUCGUAUGUAUCUAUGUAUGUCUUUGGUCAAUUGGCUGACGUAGCUGCUAGCUAGCGAAGCUAACUACCUGUUUGAGAGCUGCUUUGAGUUAAUUUAAAUCUGGACAUAUUCGUGGACGUGUUCGCUGUCGGUCAGUGCACAGUAAUACAUUUAGAAUAUGGACUCUGCUGCAAGACUGAAGUUGGCACAGGACACAAAACUCCAAAAGCCUGAAGUGAAAUCCAGCAGGGAAGGACCAAAGCGGGUUCCUGUGUCACAACACUCUCAGAUGGCUGUAGUUACACCAACGCCACACCAACGGGUCCUGGGUGUGUCAAAUGGACCUCUGCGCAUUCAGCGGCCUGUGAGCCACCAGAAACCACCAUCUCAUGUCUCUGUUGCCAACAAGUCCACUCUGCCAUCCGAUCAGAAUUUGAACCCCAUGACUCAAAAUGUAAAUCCCGCACCUCAGCCUAAACCUGGUUCUCAGCAAAACCAGACUAGGAUUAAUACAGCUACAGUGAAGGAGACUGUUAAACCACCAACAGAAACAGCAAAGCCGGAGAAGCACCAGAACAAACCUACCAAGAAUGAUGCUGUAGAUGCUGCAGGAUCAAAGAAGCGAUGGAGCCUAGAAAAUUUUGACAUUGGCCGUCCCUUGGGAAAGGGUAAAUUUGGCAAUGUCUACCUGGCGAGAGAGCGACAAAGUAAGUUCAUCUUGGCCCUGAAGGUGCUCUUCAAGAAGCAGCUGGAGAAGGCCGGGGUGGAACACCAGCUGAGGAGAGAAGUGGAGAUCCAGUCUCACCUCAGGCACCCCAAUAUCUUGCGCCUCUAUGGUUACUUCCAUGACACCUCUCGUGUGUAUCUCAUCCUUGAGUUUGCACCGCGGGGAGAACUCUACGGUGAGCUGCAGCGCUGUGGAAGUUUUCCUGAGGACAGAAGUGCAACAUACAUCAUGGAGCUGGCCGAUGCCCUCAACUAUUGCCACUCCAAGAAGGUGAUCCACCGAGAUAUCAAACCAGAAAACCUUUUACUCGGGGCAAACGGCGAGCUAAAGAUUGCUGAUUUUGGCUGGUCUGUCCACACGCCCUCCUCCAGGAGGUCCACUCUGUGUGGAACACUGGACUACCUGCCGCCAGAAAUGAUUGAGGGGAAAACUCAUGAUGAAAAGGUGGACCUGUGGAGCCUUGGUGUGCUCUGCUACGAGUUCCUGGUUGGAAGCCCCCCCUUUGAAGCGAAAACCCACGAGGACACCUACCGCAGGAUAUCAAGGGUAAGGCAAAAAUGAUUUAAAA